AUGAAAUUGAUCAUUGUUGGAUCCAGCGGCUUCGUUGGCAAAGAGCUUGUCCGGCAGGCCAUCACCAGUCCUGCUGUGACCUCAGUCGUGGCAAUUGCCCGCCGUGAAACGCCCGUUCCAGAGAGCCUCAAAGACUCUAGCGAUGUGGCAAAGUUGACAUCUGUCGUGUGCGACGACUUUUUGAAUUAUUCGGAUAAUGUCAAGCACCAGAUAUCCAAUGCCGAUGCCUGCAUUUGGCUGAUGGCUGUUACGCCGAGUAAUUCCGGGAAGAUGCCCUGGGAUGAAGUUCGCAAGAUCUGCUUGGACUACACCAUUGCUGGCCUUGAAGAGUUGUCCAAAGCCCCCCGAGAUAAUGCGAAAAAGCCUCUGCAGUUUGUAUAUGUCAGUGGUGCCAACGCUGAGCGUGAUCAAUCCAAAAAGCCAUGGAUUCUGGGCGACUACUGUCUCAUGAGGGGAGAGGUGGAAACUCGCGUCUUAGACUUUGCUAAGAAUUCCAACAACGCUAUCGAGGCUUGCAUAGUCAAGCCAGGUCUCAUUCGAGAUCCUCAGCAGGGAAACAUGCUCAUCAACACCUUUCAGAAUGUCGCCACUAGUAUCAUCAACCUCCCCGUCGUUUAUUUGCACGAUGUGGCGGCGACGUUACUCAACCAGGCAACAGAAGGAUUUGAGAAGGAAACGCUGGAUUGCGACGACAUCGUGAGGAUUGGAAAAAAGACCUAG